CACAAAAAAACUUUGAGUUCAAAAUCUAAUGACCAAAAGGGCCUAAAAACUACCAUUCCGCCCACUGCCUUCUGUCGACAACAUCGCCGGGGCACGCGACUUUCAAGCGCGGAACUGCCGUCCGCCGAACGCCUUCUGCUCUUCGCCACUUCGCCUCAUCUACUCUCUGUUUGUCUUAUUACUCAUUACUCUGCGCGAACUUCUGGAUCAUACAUUCUCUCAGACUCAUAGUGACUUAAUCUUCCUUUACUUAUAAAGAUACUAAGGGUGAGGCAAAGGCCUAAGAAGAUAGAAAGAGAGUGGAUGGUGGGCCAAGAUGAACUCCCAGCAACGACCUCGGUCGUUGGAGUUGAUAACACUUUUCGUAAAAAAUUUGAUCGAGAAGAAUACUUGCAGCGUGCCCGUGAACGAGAAGAAAAGGAGGCUGAUGGACAAAGGGCAAAGUCACGAGGUCCUCCCGUGCAGAGGAAACCCUUGAAGCAAAGGGAUUACGAAGUGGAUCUUGAGUCCCGAUUGGGAAAGACCCAGGUUGUGACUCCAAUUGCCCCCCUAAGCCAACAGGCCGGAUACUAUUGCUCAGUUUGUGAAUGUGUUGUAAAAGAUUCAGCGAAUUACCUAGACCAUAUCAAUGGGAAAAAGCAUCAACGAGCUUUGGGUAUGUCUAUGCGAGUGGAGCGGGCAUCUUUGCAGCAGGUCCAAGAGCGAUUUGAAAUGCUGAAGAAACGGAAAGAUAGUUCAAGCAUUACUGUUCAAGAUUUUGAUGAGAAGGUGUUGAAACAACAGCAAGAAGAGGAGGAGCGGAAACGGCAACGUCGAGAAAAGAAGAAAGAGAAAAAGAAAGAGAAAUCAACAGAAGAGGAACCCGAAGAGGACCCUGAUGUUGCCGCACUGAUGGGAUUUGGAGGUUUUCGGACAUCUAAGAAGUAAUUUCGCACUUGCAGCUAACCUUAAAACUGCUCUAUUAAUGUGUGAGGGUUGUCUGCUAUAUCCAGUUGUCACAUUUCACACUUUAAUAUUGCAGAAAAAUGUUCAUUGUAUUUCCAGGCAAUCCAUGGUACGUAGUAUGUAUUAUCUCACUGUUCAUUUUUCACCGAGUGGAGUAAUUUCAUUGUGACAAUCACAUGAAUUUGUGAGCUGUUAAAGACUAUUAGCAAUUUAGCAUAACGCAUGAGUGAUUAUCUAGCCUAGACACUUGUAAAGAAUUGAUAAUUUUCAAGGUUUAAUAUCCAAAAUGAUACUCCGUAUUAUGCAGUAUAUUAUUUCUCUUUACAACUA